UAUACACGGGCACGCGCAUGCAGGUAGCGGUAGAAGAAUUGAGGGUGAGACACCAAGGAGGUGGCAGUUUAUCUGCUGGAGGUUUCUUAUCUUUGUUGCUAAACAGCGACACAGCGGUAACAGGUGUUGCUGUGAUGGCCUCUUGAAACCAGUUACACAAGUGUCUUGACAUCCUCCGAUCACAAGCAGUGUUUUAUAACCCUGUCCUCUGCUCUGCCUCUCAGUUUUUCACAAUGGAGGCUAGAGGAAAGUAUGACUUCAGUGGCACGGCAGAAGACGAGCUCAGCUUCAGGAAAGGAGACACUCUGAAGAUUCUGGGGUCUCAGGACGAUUGGUUCAAAGCAGAGUUACAUGGCCAUGAGGGUUAUGUGCCGAAAAACUAUGUUGACAGGCAGAUACCGAGCUGGUUUAAAGAGAGCGCCAGUCGCGGAUCAGCUGAGGAGACGCUCAUGUCUCGAGAGGUGGGCGCUUUCCUGAUUCGAGGCAGCCAGAGUUCACCUGGAGAUUUCUCCAUCUCUGUCAGACACGAUUAUGAUGUGCAACAUUUCAAAGUUAUGAAGGACAAAUCGGGCCACUAUUAUUUGUGGACAGAGAAGUUUACCUCUCUAAACAAGCUUGUGGACUUCUACAAGACCACCUCUAUAUCCAAGCAGAAGGAGAUCUUUCUUAGGGAUGGAAGUGGAGAUGAGCCAAGGGCACCCCCGCCUAUAAAGAGUCAGCCAGAAGUUCGGCCUCCCCCAGGUGGUGGCUAUGGCAGUCCACAAACCUCAUCACAAAACCGCAGCACAACAGAUCCAACUCACAACCAAAAGGGUAAGAGAGGAAGUGUUGAGGAGAAAUCUAACACUCUGGGUCACCAAGGGAAGAACAGCCCGGCCCCUCGACGAACCUCUGAAACUGCCCCUGCUCCGAGAUCAACCAUACAGGUGAGAGCAAUAUAUGACUUCACAGCAGAGGAAGACGAUGAAUUGGGUUUCAAUAGCGGUGACAUCAUUGAAGUACUGGACCGUUCGGAUGCGUCAUGGUGGAAAGGUCGAUUGCGGGGCAGGAGUGGUCUUUUCCCUGCCAAUUACACAGAACAGAUCUAAUACUCAAAGGUGUGGAAUCACCAUACCAAGAGUCAAAUACAUGUACAAUGUAUGGACUGGUCCAUUAAAUUCAAAUGAAUUUCAUAUAGACUGCUGCAGAACUGUUGAAGACAACUGAGAAAAAGAUAUUUCUCAUCAAAGUCUUUCGUGCUUCUCUUUUUCAUAUAUAUAACCGUUUUUUUAUUUUAGAAAUAAGGUACGAAGAAAGGACUAUACCAUUCCAUUCCUUUUAGUCAAACUCUCCCAGAUACAGAUUAUUGAAUUAUACAGUACAUUUAUACACAAUGACCCCAGUUUACAAGUAGUGGAAAAGUUGGCCAGAACAUUCCCAAAACAUUCUUUGUUGGUUUGGUUUUGCAACCUACAUAGAAAAUGUUAUUAUGGCCUAGUGAGUACAUUUGGCCAGUGUUCGGUGUUUGCUGGGACACUUGUCAUCACCUUGAUCAUUUAUAAAAGCGUUUUAUUUUAGGUUUUCAAAAGGACACACUAACACAGGAGUUCUUACAGUUAGCAAGGUUUUGUUACCGUUUUGUAUUGAAUUAUAUGUUUUACCAGUUCGAACAAUUUGUCAAAACAGGCCUAUUACAAAGCAUGUUGUUUUGUUGUACAGGAUGGAAAAGAUGUCAGACUCAAACAUGAUAACAGCAGUGUUAUACAGAACUUGAAUAAAAGUGCUUUCAAAAA